GAAGGGAGCUUCUAUUAUUUCCGUGUUCUGGCUGUGAAUGAGUUUGGCACGGGACUACCAGUAGAGACCACUGAGGCUGUUAAAGUGUCCGAGGCUCCUCUGCCUCCUGGCAAAAUCACACUCAGUGAUGUUACUUGCAAUAGUGCAAGACUCUCUUGGGAGAAGCCUGACAAUGAUGGAGGAAGUAAAAUCACACGUUAUAUCAUAGAAAUGCGGGCUAAUGGAGAUACACAUGGACAAUGUGUUCAGAGAGUAAAGCCCUGGAAGUAACUAUUACCGGGCUGGCAAAGGGAAAGGAGUAUUUCUUUAGAGUGAGUGCUGUAAAUGAAAAGGGGAAAAGUGAGCCAAAGUUCCUUUUGGCACCUGUUACAGUAAAGGAUACUAGUGUUGAGCCCAUUAUUAACUUGCUUUCCAAUGCAUUCAGUGUGAAGGCAGGAAAUGUUUUAAAGAUUGACGUUCCAUUCAAGGGUGUACCACCACCAACAGUAGCCUGGAAGAAAGAUGGCAACUUGCUGAAAGAAACAAGCAGGGUAAAUGUGCACACAUCUGACGCAUUAUCUCAAAUCAUCAUCAAAGAUGCAAGUAGAAUAGAUGUUGGCGUUUAUGAGGUGACCCUGACCAACUUGACUGGAACCACAUCUGCUGAAAUCUUUGUUAAUGUUUUUGAAAGACCUGGCCCACCAAGUGAUCUCAGUGUGGUUGAAGUGAGUGCUGACUUUAUGUCUUUGUUGUGGCAGCCCCCACAUUAUACUGGCGGAUGUCAAAUCAGUAAUUAUGUCGUUGAGAAGAGAGAUACAGGCAGCACAAUAUGGCAGAAUGUGUCAGCAACACUCGCAAGAACAUCUAUCAAGAUUUCCCGUCUGACGCAGGGCACUGAAUAUCAGUUUCGUGUUGCUGCAGAGAAUCGCUACGGCAAGAGCCACUUUGUUGAGUCUGAACCUGUUGUUGCACAGUAUCCCUUUAAGCCCCCUGGUCCACCAACCAAUCUCUGUGUUGUUAGUGCCUCAAAGGCUGUCAUGGUGGUGGCAUGGAGCAAGCCAGACAGUGACGGUGGCAGCCCUAUUAUUGGUUAUCAUAUUGAAUGCAAAGAUCAAAGCAGUAUUUUGUGGACAAAGUUAAACAGAAACCCAGUGAAUGACAUCCAAUUCAAGGUAACAAGUGUUGAAGAAGGUCUGAUGUAUGAGUUCCGGGUCUGUGCUGAGAACAUGGCUGGUGUUGGACCGAGCAGUAAGGCUUCUGAGCCUGUAGCAGCAAGAGACCAGUGUGAUCCCCCAUACAACCUUGCAGUCUCCAAUAUAACUAACAGCUCAGUUUCCCUCUCCUGGGACAAGCCAGAAUAUGAUGGUGGGGCUAAAAUAACAGGGUACAUUGUUGAGCGUAAAGAGCUGCCAAAUAGUUGCUGGCUUAAGUGCAACUUCACCAACUUACUGGACACCUUCUUGGAAGUGAGUGGCCUAACAGAGGGUGAACAGUAUGAAUUUCAUGUGAUUGCAAAGAAUGCAGCUGAGAUGUUCAGUGCGCCCUCUGAAACCACCGGACCCGUUACAGUACAGCAUGAUGUGGAGCCACCCAAAAUUAUCUUGGGGGACAAAUUUAGACAGGUGGUUGUUGUCAAAGCAGGAGAAAACCUAAAAAUAGAUGCUGACAUCUCUGGCCGCCCCAACCCUACAGUGCUUUGGUUAAAGAAUGGUAGAAAUAUCGGCACAAAGGGACGGGUUGAGAUAAGUGCAACAAAGACGCAUACCUCUCUACUUCUCAGAGAAUGUGUAAGAAAAGACUCUGGACAGUAUAUUCUGACCCUACAGAGUGCAGGUGGUUCCACAUCUAAGACUAUCACCUGCAAGGUCCUGGACAGGCCUUGCCCACCUGCUGGACCUCUAGUAGUGUCUGGACUUUCAGCAGAGAAAUGCACCCUGUCAUGGGGACCCCCUAAUGAGACUGGCGGUGCUGAGAUUAUGCACUACAUUGUUGAAAAGUGCGAAACCAGCCGUGUAUCCUGGACCCUGGUGUACGAUGAAAUGAAGGCUACUACCUGCAAAAUAAGCAAGCUACUCAAAGGGAAUGAAUACCUGUUUAGGGUGAGAGCAGUGAACAAAUACGGGGAAGGUGAGACUUUGGAAAGUGAGCCCAUCAAGGCCACGGAUCCCUUUACUAUCCCAUCUGCUCCAACUGAUGUUGAGGUCACCAGUGCAACCAGCGAGGCUAUGACUAUCUGCUGGAAGAGACCUGCCUCUGAUGGCGGAAGCCGCAUCAGCGGUUACAUCAUUGAGAAGAGAGAGAAGCAGGGUGUCCGCUGGGUUCGUUUUAACAAGAAGCCUGUCUAUGACCUACGAGUCAAAGCCUCUGGGCUGCACGAGGGAUGCGAGUAUGAAUUCAGAGUCUUUGCUGAGAAUGCUGCUGGACUAAGUGAACCCAGUCUCCCGUGCCCACUCACACUGGCAGAGGAUCCGAAGUUUGUCCCUUGCCCUCCUGCAAAACCCAUCAUAAUCGAUUCAUCCAGGUCCUCCAUCACUCUGUCAUGGAACAAGCCGCUGUUUGAUGGUGGAGCACCAGUAACAGGGUACAAAGUUGAAUUCAGAAAAUCAACAGAAGAAGACUGGACUGUAGGAGUUCAUAACACAGAUAAAACAGAGUUUACAGUAACUGGACUCACAUCAGGGACGGAAUAUGUUUUCAUCGUCAGAUCCAUAAACAAGAUUGGCAACAGCGAGCCCAGUCCUGAAUCCGAUCCUGAAGUGGCCAUGGAGAGAGAGGAGGAGCCCAGGUUUGAUAUUAGCGCAGACAUGAGGAAGACCCUGCUUGUUAAAGAUGGCAGCUCCUUCACCUUGACCGUGCCUUUCACAGGCAAGCCUGUUCCUAGCGUAACAUGGGACAAAGCAGAUGUAGAUCUGAGAGUCAGAGGAAUGAUCAACAGCAGCAGCUCGGUCACCUCUAUCACAGUGGAAGGAGCAACACGCGAUGACUCCGGCAAAUACAUAGUCAAACUGCAAAACGUUGCUGGAUCUGCCUCAUUGACGCUGAACGUGAGGGUUUUGGAUUCACCUGGUCAGCCAACUCACGUAGCAGUUAAAGACGUGACCAAGAACUCUGCCACCGUUACCUGGGACAUCCCUGAGAAUGAGGGUGGAGCCCCUGUCAAGAACUACCUCGUAGAUAUAAGGGACAUCAGCAGGAAAGGGUGGACAAAACUCACAGACAAAUGUCACCGACUGUCCUACAAGGUCUCUGACUUGGAGGAGGGAGGAAUCUACUUCUUCCGGGUCACCGGUGAAAACGAGUACGGGAUUGGUGUUCCAGCUGAGACCAAGGAGGGAACAAAAAUGACAGAUAGAACCGAUUGGGAGACAAAUUCAGAAGCUUAGCUCGUCUUCUUACCAGGCUGGAAGUAGCCUCCUCCUGACCAUCUGUCAAGAUCCUCGAUUUCUCACAUUCAACCAAUGUUGUUCAGAAAAAAUCGUAAGCGAAUGCUCUGUGAAUUAAUGCAUU